AUGGCAACGCUGGUGUCUCCCCUGAUCCGCACUAUGAGCUACCUGUCUCACUACGAUUUGUCCAACGAUGUUUUCGCGGCCUUCCUAUCGUGGGACAUGACUUACAGCUGUGCUAUCUUUGACAAUGAAGCAAAGGGAGCGAUAGGGGAUCUACUGGAAGAACGCCCGAUUGCACCCCCGCGACGAUCAUACAAGGAUGUCCGCACUAUUCCUCCAGACGACCUGGAGCGAGGGCAACUCGAAAAAUUACACCGGGUCGCUCAAAGGGCGCGUCUGACCCAAGGCUCUCGUGUUUUAGAGAUCGGGUGUGGCUGGGGUAGUUUCGCCAUAAUGGCAGCAGGAACAUACGGUGCGACUGUGGAUGUCAUUACCAUCUCCCUGGAACAAAUGCAAGCGUUGGAGGUGACUAUCGAAGCUGCCGGCCUGUCUGACCGUAUCACGGCCCAUGUCAUGGACUACCGUGAAAUGCCUGAAUCGUUCCAUCACGCAUUUGAUGCUGUGAUAUCUAUCGGUGUCAUGGAACAUGUUGGUAUCGAGUUCAUGCCCGGGUGGUUCAAGCAGAUGGCAUGGGCCAUGAAACCGGAAAAUUCAUUCAAAGUCUUUACCAUGUCUACCGUUCCGGAUACAAGGUGGCCCAUGUAUUCGGCCGAAGUUGAUUUUGUCCGGAAAUACAUAUACCCGGGCGGGCAGCUGUCGUCGGUGAAGACCUUGGUUGAUGCCAUAACAUCUGCAAAUCUGAAUGUUCUGUCGAUCGAAGACAUAGGGCCUCGUAUGUCUGCCUGCUGA